ACAUCAUCAGAAUCCAAAAGCCCUUCGAGCCAUCUCCACUCUACUCAAUACAACCGAGCCUCACCGCCGCCUCGCCCGGACUCAAUUGCCCGGCCUCAAACCACCAGACACCUACCGGUCGGGACAGACAUCGCGCAACGAUGCCAAUGAUCCGCCCGAGCGCCGCAGCGGUGCGCGCCGCCCGCGCCGCCGUCAUGCAGCAGCCGGGGGCGACAUCGGCACUCGUCGCCGCCGCGCCGCGGAGACACCUGCCGACGACGACGACGACGCAGACGCAGAUGCAGAGCAGGGCGGCCUCGCACGGCUCGCAGUACGACCCGCCGACGGGGUGGCUGUUCGGCGUCAAGCCCGGCGAGAAGUACCAGAAGGAGGGCUGGGAGAACAUGUUCUUCUACGGCUUCUGCGGUAGCCUCGUCGUCUUCACCAUCGCCUAUGCCUUCAAGCCGGAUACAUCGAUACAAACAUGGGCUCUGGAAGAGGCCAGGAGGAGACUAGAAGCUGAGGGCAUCUUGGAAGAUCCCGAGAAGAAGCUGUAACGGGUGGAACGACUUGGAUUUGAAGCAAGGAGAAGAAGGGGUUGGGGGGGUCGAGCGGGAUUCGCCCGCACACAAUGUACAUGUUUCCUUUGACCAGACUCGGGGGACGGGGCCACACCUCAAAUGGAGUACAAACCUGGGAUAGAAGGUGCUUGAUAGAUGAUGGGAAUCAGCCCCCAAGGUUACUGCCAUUGCGAAUCAAUUGCAUUAUCACCGGCAGCUCGGUUACUUGCUUGCAUUGCUUCACGCGACCGGACCCCUCACGACGGGGGAAAACCGGCUGUCUUUGUGGAUUGAGCUUAUUCGCCAAUGAUACUAGAAACGAAAGAUUACAGAACAUAUCAAGUG